UGCUGCACUAACAGUGUUUAUAACCUUUACAAUAAAAUGGACAACAGCAAGAAGGAAUGAAUGAAUGAGACUUCAAUGGCUUUGAAAGAGAGCCUCCUCACCUGGGGUUUCCUGCUGUGGUCUAUGACGUUGAGCUUGGCUCGGACUUUUACGCCACAUGAAGGGUCUUCGGUCAGUCCCGUUUUUCAUCAAACCACUCCACCUGCCACUGAGACGGAGAUGAACAGCACUGAGGCUCCCACCAACAAUUACACAGACCUGAGCUGCGUGUCGCUGCUGCCCCCUCGGCGAGGUUCUUUCUAUGUAGAGAAGGGCACAGGGAUGUCUGUGGGGACGGUGUUGGCGUUCUGGUGCCUCGAGGGGUACCAGCUGGUGGGCAGCGAGAAAAUCACCUGUGUCCUGCGUAUCAACACCGCUCAGUGGAGCAACUACCCGCCGGACUGCGAGGCCAUUCCCAAACCAGAGGACCGCGGGCUGAGAGUGGCCGUGCUGGCAUCGAUAGUGAGCAGCAUCGUCAUCUUUGCCAUGUCCGUGUCCUUCAUUAUCUGCUGCCUGCAGGAGCGCAUGAGCAAAGAGAGGGCAGAACGGACAGAUGGACGGGGCAGGAUGAGAGACAAGCGCAAAUCAUCCUGGAGGAGUGAGUGCUGGCUGGAAAGAGAUGAAGGAGACUGGGAAGCUUUUCCUCCACCUAAAAUUUACAAUCUUUCCCAGCACCUUGACCCCCGUCUGACCCCUGAGAUCCCGGUCUACAUGGGGGGACUGGCUGGUUAUGAUAACCGCGGGUAUCAGAGGAGUCAGGAAAACCUCAUGAAAGCUCCUCUUCCUGGGCUUUACCGCACAGAAAGUCAGAUGUAUCCUCAUGUGGUCCUGCAGAGGGUGCCCACACCCACUGUCCCGACUGCACCCAGCGCGCCCAUCUACCUCCGCCUCUCCACCCCUCCGCCCACAGAAAGCCCCAGCGAACAGCCCGCUCUGCCGCCGUACCCCAGUGCCACUCCACAGCGCCUGUGGCCAUAGCAGCACAUUUCUGAGUAUUCACAACUUUUACAACUGUCACCAUGGCCACGGAUUACGGCCUCUACAUGCAAACGUCUCCUGUAGGGUGACUGGGGUUCAGAAAAGCAAGAGAAAUGAUGGACUCGAGCUAGAGCCACCUAGAUCU